UGUUUCCGCUAAUUUGACUGAGUAUCCGCGGCUCGGUUCGGUCUCUGCUGUGUGUGUUUGCAGACAUUUAGACCCCGAAUACCGCCUGAAAUAAACUUUUCCCCCUCUCGUGUCUGUGGACGGACACGUCGCCGCACGGACUGACGACUUUUACCGGACGCUGACAGGUUUAGGAGGAUGUUGGAGCAGAUCAGGAGGUUCCACUGAAGGUCUGCUGAUGGAGCGAUCUCACGGCCUUCUCCUGAACGAGGAGGCUCUCGGUCAGAUCGGAGAACAUCAGCGAGCCGAGUUCGUGUUCGAAUGGCUGACCCACCUGAAGAAGCUGCUGCCUACCGUCGACCGGGUCGACAUCAGGCAGAACCAGCGGCGGCUCAUCGACCAGCUGUCGGCCGUUCUGAUUGGCUCCCCCGGCCCGCCGACCCGCUGGCUGCUGGCCCACUGCCUGGCCCUGCUGUACCGACUGGGAGACCCCAUCCCUUCCAGUUUAAUGGUGGAGAGGUGCAAUGACAUCAUCAGGAGCAAAGACGAUUCGCCGUCGGGCCUCCCGACCCGACUGGCAGCCGUCGCCUGUCUCGGUUCUCUCUACGAGCAGCUCGGUCGGAUGCUGGUCGGUUCCUUCAAAGACACACUAGUGAAUCUGCUGAAGGCCAUGAAGAGCGCAGAGUCUCAGGGUCGCUAUGAGAUCAUGCUGAGCAUUGAGAAGAUCCUCAGAGGUUUAGGCGUCAGCGCCGUGUCGAGUCACCGUGACGUCUACAAGGUGGCGAGGGCGUGUCUGACGGACCGAUCCAUGGCCGUACGCUGCGCCGCUGCUAAGUGUUUGUUGGAGCUCCAGAGGGAAGCCGUGUUCCUGUGGACCAGCGAGUUGGAGAACGUGGCCACGCUGUGCUUCAGAGCCUUCGAGGGUUCCAACUACAACGUCAGAGUUUCAGUCUCCAAACUGCUGGGAACUCUGCUGGCUGCAGCUGUGGAGCCGCGACAGUCCUCCGCAGCCCCCAGGCAGGGCGUUAAGGGGCGGAGCUCCCUGGAGGAAGUGAUGGACUUACUGUCAGCCGGUUUCCUGCGAGGCGGCGGUGGUUUCCUGCGAACCAGCGGAGACAUGUUGAAGGGGACGAGUUCUGUUAGCAAAGACAUCCGGAUCGGAGUCACUCAGGCCUGUGUGGUUUUCGUCUCCACCCUCGGAGGUUCCUGGUUGGAGGCCAACUUCCCGGCCUUCCUGUCGCUGCUGAUGGAGCUGGCGUCCCACAGCAGGGCGACCCAGACGCCGGUGGACGCCGCCGUGACCCGUCGCUGCGUCUCCUUCAUCCUGAGGAGCACCCUGGGGUCUCUGCUGGGGGAGAAGGCUCAGACCAAUGCUGCCAAGCAGAUCUGCAUCGUCGUGGCGUCUCAGAAACGAACCAUCGAUGCAGCUCUGACUGAUGGUAACGUAGAAACCAGAGUGUCUUCUGCUGACAUCUCGGCCAGUCAGCAUGUGCUGGUCUGCUGCCUUCUGGAACUGGGAGCUCUGGUUCAGGGACUGGGAUCCACAGCCGCCCCCCUCCUCACCGACACCACCACAGCCCUACUGGACUCGGUCGUCUCCGUCCUCCUUCAUCCCGUCGCUUCGGCUCGACUCGCCGCCGCCUGGUGCCUCCGCUGUGUUGUCAUGGCGAUGCCAUCCCAGUGUUCCCCGUUAUUGGACCGCUGCGCCGAGCGACUGGUGGCCCUGAAGUCUUCCCCCGAGGCCGUGGCCGGAUACGGAGCCGCCGUCGCCGCCCUGGUGGCCGCUGUGCAGCACUGCCCUCUGGGAAUACCGCACACCAAGGGCAAGGUGGUUCUGGGUCUGGCUGAGGAUCUUCUCCGUUCGGCGUCUCAGAACAGUCGUAUUUCUCUACAGAGGACUCAGGCCGGCUGGAUGCUCGUCUCCUCCCUCGUCACUCUGGGUCCGGCGGUGGUAGAACACCAUCUCUCCCGCCUCCUCCUCCUCUGGCGUUGUGUUUUUGCUGCUUCUCUCAGAGAGCAGGACAUGGAGCUGAGGAGGGGGGACUACUUUACGUGGCAGGUUACACUGGAGGGACGGGCUGGGGCGCUCUGCGCGAUGAAGAAUCUGCUGCUGCACUGCAGAGAACUGGUUACUGAUGACAUCAUCAGCCGUCUGCUCACGCCAUUGGCCUGCGCUGUCACCUUGCUCAACAAGCUGCCGGCUCUGCUCAGGUCUUAUGGUAGUUCGGUUCAUUGUUUCUCGGUCGUCUACAGACUCAGAGUUUAUGAGCUUCUCUCUCUGCUGCCUCCAAACACCUACCAAGAGAGUUUUGGUUUGGUGAUGAACCAGCUGGUCUCUGAUCUGUCCGGUCAGGACAACCUGAACCAGCCGUGUUCUGACCUCACGCUGCUGCCGCCACUCUGUCACCAUGACGACCUGCCGCUGGUCGGCCCCGCCCUCCACGACACCGACCACCGGUACAUCGAGGAGCAGCUCCACGGCAGCGUUGUGGGCGGGGCCUCUCUGGACAACGACCCCUUCAGUCUCUGCGAUCGAGGCGAUGACGCUCCAGCUCCUCUUCCUCCUCACGUCGCUCUGACCGCCGCCGCCACAGCGCUCUUCGGAGUUCUGUUCCCCCAUAUCAUCUCCGCUCAGAGAGUGAAGAUUCUGGAGCAGUUUGCGGAAACCGUGAAUCAACUGAAAGGUCAACGGCAGCAGACAGUCCAGACUCAUGUGUGUGCUGCCCUCUGCAGUCUGUUAAAGCACCAGGGCAGUGUCCGAGGCUCCCUGGGUCCAGAGGAGCUCCGUCCUCCGGCCUUGUCCCUCCUGUCGGGGGCGCUGGAGAGCAGCAGUCCUCUGAUCCGCUGCCUGGCUGCUGAAGGGUUGGCUCGGCUGGUCCAGGUGGUCGGAGACCCCGGGUUCACCGCCUCCGUCUCCCUGCUCUGCUUUGACAGGCUGAAGACGGCUCGCGACGCGGCGUCUCGUAGCGGCUACGCUCUGGCUCUGGGGGCGUUGCAGAGAUACACUGGAGGAAUCAGCUCACCUCAACACCUGUCCACCUGCCUGAGAGUUCUGUUCACGCUGAGCCAGGACAGCACCUCACCUGAGGUCCAGACCUGGUCCCUCCACAGCCUGUCCCUGGUGGUGGACCUGUCCGGCUGCCUCUAUCGGACCCAUGCCGAGCCGUCCUUCUCCCUCGUGCUCCGCCUGCUGCUGUCCACACCGCCCGCCCACCCCGAGGUGCACCACAGCCUGGGACGCUGCCUCCACGGCCUCAUCACCUGCCUGGGCCCCGACCUGCAGGGUGACGGAGCGGCCGAGCUUCGGUCCAGCUGUCUGGUGGGAUGCUCGGUGAUGCAGGCCGGACCGGACUGUCUGGUUCAGGCCAGAGCCAUCUCCUGUCUGCAGCAGCUGCACAUGUUCUCACCUCCACAUGUGAACCUGGCCAGCCUCGUACCUGCCCUCUGCGAGAUCUUGUUGGAUUAUUCCAUAUUGGCCAACCUGUGCAGCUCCUUCCUGUGUUUACGGAGAGCUGUGGUGGCGUGUCUGAGGCAGCUCGUCCAGCGGGAGGCGCUAGAGGUCUCUGAACACGCCGUCGCUCUGGUCAAAGAGCUGCCGAGACGAGACAACACCCAACUCGACGUCACCAUAAAGGAAGUGGGUCUGGAAGGAGCUCUGUUCACUCUGCUGGACCGAGAGUCCGAUCCAGGACUGAGGAGGGACAUCCAGGAGACUCUGGUCCACAUGAUGGCCUCCAGCAGCAAACUGGGUCACUGGCUCAAACUCUGCAAGGACGUCCUGUCGGCAACCACCGAUGAACCGUUAUGGGUCUCGGAUUGUUUUCGUUUUAAACUCUCAGACAGCCGGUUGCCGUUGGAGACGAGUCAGGAGGACGACGACGGUUGCCGUGACGACGACUCGUCAGCCUUCCGAGCGCACUCAGAGAGCAGCGGUCCGUUCACGGCGCUGCGCUGGGCGACCCGACGCUUCACCGUGGAAUGCGUCUGUCGGAUCAUUGCCCAGUGCGAGUCGGCCGACCCCGCCCACUUCGACAUGGUUCUGGCUCAGGAGAGGCGGCUGCUGGAGUCCACAGACUUCCUGGUCCUCCAUCUUGGAGACCUGGUCCGGAUGGCCUUCACGGCCGCGACGGAUCACAGCGACCCGCUGAGGCUGGCCGGACUCCAGACGCUGCUGGUGAUCAUCAGACGGUUCUCCUCCAUCCCAGAACCAGAGUUCCCGGGUCACGUGAUCCUGGAGCAGUACCAGGCCAACGUUGGAGCUGCUCUCAGACCAGCCUUCAGUCCUGAUGCUCCUCCCGACGUCACCGCUAAGGCCUGCCAGGUGUGCAGCGCCUGGAUCGCGAGCAGCGUCGUCAGCGACCUCAGAGAUCUCCGCCGCGUACACCAGCUGCUGGCCUCCUCAUUGGCCAAAGUCCAGAGUGGGCGGGACCCCAGCAGCCAGCUGUACAACGAGGCCGCCGCUACCAUGGAGACGCUGGCUGUUCUCAAAGCCUGGGCCGAGGUUUACAUCGUAGCAGUGGAGAGCAGCAGACUGAAGGAGAGUCCUGAUAGGUCGGCCGACGGGUCCGUCUCCUCCUCGACCAAUGACGGCUCAGGCUGCGAGUCGGGAGGGGCGGGGCUCCUGAAGCUGGUCCAAUCAGAUCUGUCGACGCUGAGCCGUCUGUGGUUGGCGGCACUGCAGGAUUACGCUCUGCUGACCCUCCCCCAGGAGAACACUGCUCAGAUACCUGCAUCAGGAGGAGCUUUCUACACAGCAGAGACGGUGAACCAGGCCAGAGCUCAUUACUCGUCCUGCUGGGCUCCGGUUCUUCAGGCCUCGUCUCUCUGGCUGCACAGCUCAGGCUUCCUCAUGGCAGAUGACACACCUGCCACCCUAUCCAGACCGGCCACGCCCACCUCCAUGGGCCACACUGGCUCAGUGGGCGGAGCCAAGAGUCCCGAAGACGUCAACACCGACAGGCUGCACCUGAUACUGGGGAUCAGUGUGGAGUUUCUCUGCUCUCCACAUUCUGAGGACCAGAUGGAGAACAUCACUUCCUGUCUCAGAGCUCUGCAGGCGCUGCUGGACGUCUCCUGGCCCCGAGCAAAGAUCGGAAACGACCAGGCUCUGAGCGUGGAGCUGCUCAGCGUCCUCCACAGACUGAUGGUGACCAGAGAGUCGGCGUCCGUUCAGCUCGCCGUGUUGGAUUUACUGCAGCAGAUCGUGACGGCGGCUCAGGAGCACGUCAGGGAGAAACGUCACUCUGCUGAAGUGGACGACGGAGCUGCAGAGAAGGAAACGCUGCCAGAGUUCGGAGAAGGACGAGACACCGGAGGUUUGAUUCCCGGUCGAUCGCUGGUGUUCGGAGCUCUGGAGCUCUGCCUCUGCGUUCUGGUCCGGAAACUCCCACAGCUGAGUCCAAAACUGGCCGGGACCAGUCCGACCGGUUGUGGUUCUUCAGCCUGGACUCUGACUGACAGCGAUUGUCGUCUCGUGUCCUCUGCGGUUUCUGUCCUCUCUGAGCUGCCGUCCAUCUGCUCUCCUGAAGGAAGUGUCUCCAUCCUCCCCACAGUCCUCUAUCUGCUGCUGGGGGUCCUCAGAGAGCUGGUACACCAGCCCAGCACACACACAGGUGCCCCGGCGGCAGCCUCCGGAGUGGGUCUGGGUUUGGUGGUUCAGGCGACUCUUCGGGCCCUGAAGUCGGUUCUGACGUCUCCGAUGAGUCGACAGGAGAAAAGUCGAGGAGCCUGGAAGCUGCUGCUGAGAUCAGCUCUGAACACUCUGCUGAUUCUCUGGGACUCUGGUAGUUCGUCGGACUGCGUCGUGGACCAGAUCAGCCUCCUCACUGCUCUCACCGUCUUCCUGCUGUCGGCCGGUCCAGAUGUUUGCAUCAUGGAGCCUCUGCACGCGCUCAGUCUGCAGCGCUUCACCGCCAGCAUGGAGUCCAAAGACCCGCUGGUGGUGAGUCGAUGCUACCAGCUGCUAACGUCGGUGUUUCAGGCUCCUCCGGCCGUCUCCAUCCCGUUUAUCCAGGCCCUGGGCCCGGUUCUGGUCCGGUUCCUGCAGCAGGUGGAACGACGUCGCCCUCAGAGUCCAGAAGAACUAAACGGAGUUCUGGAAGGAAUCAGAGCCAUGGAGGCUUUAAUCCAGACAGCAGAGGAGACACAGCGUUCUCAUCUCGUCUCCUUCCUGCUUCCUCUCCUCAUCUCCUUCCUAUUGGAUGAAAACGCUCUUGGCUCCGCCCCCUCGGCAUCCAGGUCGCUGCAUGAGGCGGCGCUCAAAGACCUGAUGCGACUCGGACCCCAACACCCAGCAGUGUUCAGGUCUCUGAUCUCGUCAUCUCCUCACCUCAAGUCUCGACUGGAAGCCGCCGUCAGAGGAAACCAGCAGAGUCUCAACGCUAAAGCUAACGGCGCUAAAGCUAGCGGCGCCAAGUCCUCGCCGAGCAUCACGCUAAAAACCAACUUCCUGUGAGACGCCUGACCUCAGAUCAGAUCAGAUCAGCACGGUGCGUUCACUGUCCGUAGGGACAAACGGUACUUUUACCUUCCGGCACCAAGCACCGUUUUUUUUUAGGCACUUUAGGGUCGAAUCAGAAACUAACACGACCAAUCACAUCACAGAAACUAAACCGACCAAUCACAUCACAGAAGUUAAACCGACCAAUGACAUCACAGAAACUAAACCAACCAGUGACAUCUCACUGCUGAUUACCUGACUAGAACUGGUUUUAUAAGUUUAACUUCAGCUGAUCAUCGAUGUUUAAAGCGACUGAAUCCUUCCAGAUGUUUGAGUUUCACUUUAACAAAUAAAAGCAUCAGACUUGAUCUAAACUACAUCAGAAAUAAAAAUGUUCAAAGUUAAACCUGUAAAUACAUUUCAAAGCAAACAGAACUUCCUGUUGGAUUCUGAAGUUUGUUUUCUUCAGCUGAUUCUAAAUAAUUAAACUAAAACUGUCUGGAGGAAAUAAAUCAGUUGAUGAGAAACAGGAAACAGUUUGAUUCUGUUUUAUCUGCAUGUUUUCAUCAAUAAUCAGUUCUUCUGUCACUAAUCAAUCAGAUCAAUCAUUUAGAAAAGUUAAAGAGGCAACAGACAACUUUUCAACUUUAAAUUCAUUUCUGCUCAGAAAAACAGAUCAAACUGAAAUGAAUUCUCCUCAUUUUAACCAAAAUAAAGAAGAAAAAGUGAGCUGAGACUCUAAAAAAAAUCAUUUUAUUUUAAGUCCAACAUCCAUAAAUGUUGUUGAACAAUCUACAGAAAAACACUUUGUAUUGAGAAUAAACUACCAGGAAGAUGUUCUGUCUUUAAGCAGAACCUGAGAACCUCCAGCUCUAAUAAAAACCCUCCAUCUGCAGUCGGCACUUCUAGAGCCACGGCUUUAAAUCACAUUUUUAGUCAUUUAGGACACAUUUUCUGUUAUUUCAGGAGUCUUUCUCGUUUUUGGUUCCAAUUUCUGGCUAAUUUUGAACAAAUUUAAAGUAAAAAUCACAUUUCCAGUAAUUUUAAACAAGUUUCCAAUUGUUUUGGACAAAUUUUGAGUCUGCUUGCACAAAUUCAAAUGAGUUUUGAGUCAUUUGCAACACAUUUCAAGUCAUUUUGGACAACUUUUGAGUCAUUUAGGAGAAAUGUUCCAUUAUUUCUUUUUUUUUUCAUUUAUUUACUUUUUUUGGCAACUAUUCGGCCAAGUUUCAAGCAAUUUUGAGCAAGUUUUGAGUCAUUAGGUCAACAUUUUAUAAUGCGUCAUUUUGAGCAAGUAGGUUUCCAGUAAUCAUUCGUUUUGGGUCAUUUUGAACAUAUUUCAGUCAUUUUUUACUUAUUUUGCUGAAGUUUUGUUGAAUUUUGAAGGGAUUUCUGAGUCAUUUUGACUUUUGUUUUGUGCUUUUUUGGUCAAAUUUAAAGUCAUUUUGUUUAUAACCCAUCGACAAAUACUGCUGGGAUUUUUAAAUGAUGCUUGUAGAAUUUUGAUGGAUCCUGAUUGCUCAGAUUUAUGAACAUGUGAUAGGUUCAGGGACCAUCGGAAAGUUGAAAAUCUGAAGAUUCUUGUAUUUUUUUUUCAUUUUUUGUCUGGUAAAUUGUGUCAUUUAGGUGAUUUUUUUAAAGACAACAUUCCUUUUUAAACCUGAAUGUUUAGAGGAUUAAACUGGUCGUAACUUUAAUCCUCCAACAUCAAGUUUUGUUUCCUGUUUCAGAAAUGAAAUCAGCCUUUAUUCUCCGUGUAGAUCUGAAAACAGAACAGCAGAGAUGAAACUAAACUCUGUCUUUAUUCUGCAGCUGUUUAAUCAACAUUUAUUGAAGUUCAAUCAGUCGUCUGUUGCUUCUUUAGUGAAACUAGAAAGGUUCACAUGGAAGUUUUCUACCAGAGCAGCUGAUUCUGAUCAAUUGAUGAAAACUUUAAAGUUUGUUUCUGCUGCUUCAGUUUUAACACUAAAUGUUCACAUUUAUAUUCUGUUUGGAUGAAAUGAAGAGAAAGAAUCAAAGAGCUUCAACUGGAAUCUGAUUAAAGUUAAAACUAACAUGAGGACGUUUUCUUCUCCAGUUAUUUAUUAGAAACUGAUCAUUAAGUUUUCCUGGAGGAGAAUCAGGCUGAAGAGAAUCUGGAGAAUUUUAGAAACCUAAUGUCUGAUUUAGUUUAGUUGUACUUUUGUGCUCAAGUUAGAAACUAAAAACAAAGAAAACUUGAAUGUAACUGACAUUUAUUUAUGUAAAAAUCUUUUAUUUAACUGGCUUCUCAUCAUAUACUGAAACUUGUAUCAUCUAUUUUCUGUGUUCUUAAACUACAUCUGAAGAAAAUCCAACAAUUAUUAAAACUUUUAAAUUAAAUAUUAUAGAUAAAAACUGUGUUGGUUGAAAACAGCAUCUCUGCUGCACUUUUGCUCUCAAACUGUGACAUUCUUGCUGGAAAUGGCACAAAAUGUUCUAUUAACUAGUUAAAAUGCUUGUUUCAUCCAUAAAAAAUGACAAUAAAAUGAUCAAAAAUCAAUUAAAAGUAACAUAUUGAUGGAACCACUGCAGAAAACCUUUAAAAUGAGCGAAAUAAAACUCAGAUUUCAGCUUCUGAAGUGUCAGAAAUUCAAGUUAAAGAUGCUUAAAACUGGAUUAUUACCUGUUUCUUUUUGGAUUUAAUCAUCCUGAAGUACAUUCAGGUGUUCUGUCUUCAGAAGUGUUCUUUUGUUGCAGCGUUUUUCUGCUCUACUUGUUUAGUUUUUAGUCAGUAAAUCUAAAGAGAUGUUAUGAAAUCAUCUUUAAUCUCCAAACAAACUCUUCUUCCUCGCCUUCUUCUUCUCCUCCAGAUGUUUGUGGAUCCAUGAAGUGAUUUAGUUUCUUCUAAACGAGGAUCAGUUUCAUUCAAUCUCCUCCAGAGGUUUUUAGGUUUUUCAUCAGAAAUAAUCAACCAGUGGAAGUGUCUUCUAAUGGAUGAAUGUCAGAAAGAGUUUAUUUUUGUGUCCAGACAAUUUGUUGGUUCAGUUUGUUCUGACCAAUCACAUGAGAGGACGACUACGGCGGCCUGAAAGGGACAAAUCAGCACUUUAACAACUCAAAGCUGUAAAAAGUCAAGAAUGUAAAACUGUGAAUGUUCAUCUUCCAGCUAGACACACACACUGUAACACACACACACUGUAACACACACACACACACACACUGUAACACACACACACACACUGUAACACACACACACUGUAACACACACACACACUGUAACACACACACACACACACUGUAACACACACACACUGUAACACACACUGUAACACACACACACACUGUAACACACACACACACUGUAACACACACACACACACACUGUAACACACACACACACUGUAACACACACACACACUAUAACACACACACACACACACACUGUAACACACACACACACACACUGUAACACACACACACACUGUAACACACACACACACACACACUGUAACACACACACACACACACACUGUAACACACACACACAGUAACACACACACACUGUAACACACACACACUGUAACACACACACACUAUAACACACACACACACACACUGUAACACACACACUGUAACACACACACACACACACUGUAACACACACACACACACACACACACAGUAACACACACACACACUGUAACACACACACACUGUAACACACACACACUGUAACACACACACACACUAUAACACACACACACUGUAACACACACACACACUGUAACACACACACACACACACACUGUAACACACACACACAGACACACACACUGUAACACACACACACACUGUAACACACACACACUGUAACACACACACACAGACACACACACUGUAACACACACACACACACACACUGUAACACACACACACUGUAACACACACACACAGACACACACACUGUAACACACACAGACACACACACUAAAACACACACACACACAGAGGUAACACACACUGUAACACACAGACACACUGUAACACACACAUUGUAACACACACACUAACACACAGACACACUGUAACACACACACACACACACACACACACACACACACACACACACUGUAACACACACACAGUAACACACACACACACAGAGGUAACACACACACUGUAACACACAGACACACUAACACACACACAGAGGUAACACACACACUGUAACACACACACACACACACUGUAACACACACAUUGUAACACACACACACAGUAACACACACACACAGUAACUCACACACACUGUAACACACACACACACACACAGUAACACACACACACAGUAACACACACACACUGUAACUCACACACACAGUAACACACACACACACAGUAACACACACACACACACUGUAACACACACACACAGUAACACACACACACAGUAACACACACACACACACUGUAACACACACACACACACACUGUAACACACACACACUGUAACACACACACACACACACACACACACACUGUAACACACACACAGUAACACACACACACUGUAACACACACACACACACUGUAACACACACACACACACACCUGCUGCACCGUGUCUCACCUGUCCAGGUGUUCAUUUAUUAAUGUUCUUUUUUCUAACAGCAGCAGAAAAUCAAUAAAAUCAGUAAAAGGUUUAAAACUCAACAA